GCUCCCGGGGAGCCCGGCGGGCGGGUCGCAACCCCGCAGGUCCGCGGGGCCGCCCAGGAGAAUAUGAAAGUGUUACUCAGGCUUGUUUGUUUCAUAGCUCUACUGAUUUCUUCUCUGGAAGCUGGUCAAUGUGAGGAACGUAAAGGACAAAUGAUUUUAAUUUCUUCUGCAUAUGAAAUUGGUGUUCGUACAUGUCCUCUUAACCCAAAUGAAAACAAAGGCACUAUAAAUUGGUAUAAAAAUGACAGCAACACAGCUAUACCUAUGGAAAGAGGCUCCAGGAUUCAUCAAUACAGAGAUAAGCUUUGGUUUGUUCCAGCUAAGGUCGAGGACUCAGGACAUUACUAUUGCACAGUGAGAAAUUCAACUUACUGCCUCAAGAUAGAACUAAUUGCAAAGUUUGUACAACAUGAACCUGACCUGUGUUACAGUGCACAAACCAUGUACAUACAGAAACUAAUUAUUGCAGGAAAUGGACAACUUGUGUGUCCUUAUUUGGAUUAUUUUAAGGAUGAAAACAAUGAGUUACCCAAAAUAGAGUGGGAUAAGGACUGCAAACCUCUGCUUCUUGACAAUGUAAACUUCAUUGGAGAAUCAAAUAAACUCAUCAUCAUGAAUGUGACUGAAGCGCAUAAAGGCAACUACACUUGCCGUGCAUCCUACGUGCUCUUGGGAAAGCGGUAUCGCAUCACGCGGAUGAUCGAGCUUUUAACUCUUGAGGAGGAGAGGCCCCAGAGCCCUCAGAUUGUGAGUCCGGUGAACGAGACGACGGAAGUGGUCCCGGGAUCCCAGAUACAGCUGGUGUGCAAUGUCACUGGCCCUGACACUAACUUUGUCUACUGGAAGUGGAACGGGUCGCUAAUUGAUGACGACGACCCAGUGCUGGAGGAAGACUACAUACUAGUGGAAAAUCCUUCAUCCAAAAAAACGAAUACAGUCAUCGUAACGCUUACUAUUUCAAAAGUGAAAAGUAAAUUUUAUCUAUAUCCAUUUACCUGUGUAGCCAGGAAUAAAUAUGGUGUAAAUUCAGCAUAUAUCCAAUUAAUACACCCAGUCCCCAGUUUCCAGCAGCACACGAUUGGUAUAUUUGUCAUGUUAACAGUAGUGAUUACGAGCUUUGUUUUCAUCUAUAAAAUCUUCAAGGUUGACAUUGUACUUUGGUACAGGGAUUCUUGCUACGAUUUUCUCCCAAAAAAAGCUCCGGACGGAAAGACCUACGAUGCGUACAUACUGUAUCCAAAGACCCUGGGGGAAGGGUCCACCUCUCGCGCGGAUGCUUUUGUGUUUAAAAUCUUGCCUGAGGUCUUAGAAAAACAGUGUGGCUACAAGCUGUUCAUUUAUGGAAGGGAUGACUACGCUGGGGAAGACAUUGCUGAGGUCACCAAUGAAAACAUAAAGAAGAGCAGAAGGCUGAUUAUUAUUUUGGUCCGAGAAACAUCGGGGUUCAGCUGGCUGGGGAGUUCGUCUGAAGAGCAUAUCGUGCUGUACAACGCCCUCGUUCAGGAUGGGGUCAAAGUCGUCCUGCUGGAGCUGGAGAAGAUCCAGGACUACGAGAAAAUGCCCGAGUCCAUCCAGUUCCUCAAGCGAAAGCAGGGGGCCAUCCGCUGGUCAGGGGACUGGACGGCGGGGAGGCCCCAGUCCGCAAAGACAAGGUUCUGGAAGAAGGUCCGGUACCACAUGCCGGCUCAGCAGCCCCUGCAGCCCAGCGCCAGCGGCUGUCUGCAGCCCCAAGGCCGACUCCGGGGUGAGACUGCGAGGGGAGGGCCCCGUGCCUCUAGGGGAGCAGGUGACGCCUGUCCUGUGGCACUGGGCUGGCCGGUGCCUUGCUGAUGUACACGCAGAGUGCCCUCGCAUGACCCUUCUCCCCAGGCCACCUGGAGUCGGAUUGUUGAGGGACCAGGGAGGUGACAACAGCAGCCCGGGCACCUCAAGGCAGAGGAGUGGGGAAGGCCUUCCGAAGGCCGCCCCUGCCCUCGGACGUGUGAGCUGCGGGGAAAAGGCCCUGGGGAGCAAACAACCGGACAGAACGCUUAGAAAAUAUAACGAUCUAGAGACAGUGUUAUGACGUCACCAACAGUUCAAGGGGGGCUGUGCCAGACUAGGGGUAGCAGGGUCCUUGAUGGCAGGGUGGGAAGACGCUACUUCUCAGAAAGAGGAGACGUGUGGGAGAACUGUCCACUGGCCUGCGUUUCAUACGCAUCCACCGCCAGCAGCAGCUCCGAAGCCAGUUGUGUUGUUGAGACCUUUAAAAUGCCAUUGCAACAGAAAAGGGCUCUCCAGGGCUCCCAGGCUUGACAGUAACCGGGGCUUUCCACCGGAGAGAGUCCAAAGCAAGGGUAGCAGGGAGGGACCCUUCUGUGGUGCCCGGGGGCCAUUCUGUCCCACCUUGUUCCGCAUGUCACUUGGCUCUUUACUUCCAAGUCCCUCCCUCCUCCGCGGGGUCACACACGACCCACAGAGUAGCCACCCUCCUAAGCCACUGCUCUCCUCCACGCAGCUCGCCGGGUCAGGAGCAAAGCCAGGUUACCCACUGGCAUGUCACUGUGGGGCUGUGGUCCAGACUGGGGGUUCCGGCCGGUUUGCGCAGUGCUACGUGGAGAGCGCCCACGGACCACCUUUCGCUGUUGGCCGUCGCCUUGAUUCUGUGAAGCCAGCAGCUGCUUACAGCAGUCGCUCUCAGCGCUGGGCUGGCCGCGCCGCGUCCGGGCAGCCGAGGCUGUGACCACAGGGCCACCCCUGUCCUUCCCGCCCCGCCUCCUGUGGGAAGAAAUGGUAGUUUGCAGGAUGGUGCCUGCUUCUCAUUCCUGUGAAUGUUGGGAUUAACAAAAAUCACGUUAGGUUUUUAUGGAAAAGUUUCUGCCUCCAUAUAUUCUUCCCCUAAAGUAAACGCACGCUGGUAAAUGAAAACGAGAGCAAGUUGUUUCUCUGGUGGAGAAGAAAAUUUAAACACUGGACAGCAGUCCCAGGACAGGGAGAACCGGGCACUGCCCGCUGUGUGCCGCCUGCUGAGGUCACAUGGACAUGGUGGGCCUUUGUUUUUGGUCUCUUUAAUAUUUAAUAUUUUAGGUGAACACAAACUUUCAUUUGGUAUUUUUCCCCUCAAAAGUAAUCAGAACUGGACAGAAACGGAUUCACUGCCGCCUCUUCCCACCUGUUUCUCUUCUUAAAGAGAGCGCCUUCUUUUCACCUGGCAGCUCUCGGGACCCAGCCAGCAGCUGGGGGGUGCAGGGGGGACUGUCCUCUCCCCACAGGCCGAUCAGAUGCUUCACGUCGUGCCGAGAGUGUUCGUCGGUCAGCUGUAGAAAUGCCCACACGGGAGUCCCAGGAAAGCCGCUCUGAGGACCAGCCAGGAGCUGAGGAGCGGGCAAACACCAGGGCCGGCCCGCCGGGCGGAGGAGGCGGAGGGCCCCAGAGGAAGGUGUGCCCCGAGCUCCCCGACAACUGCCUUUGUUCUACUGUCCCCCCAAAAGCUCCGUUAAGCCUGUCCUGUCAGGGCUUCCUCGGGAACUAGGUUUCCUGCGCCCCCGACGGCAGUUUUGUCAGCUGAGUGCUUGGACGGGUUUGCACGUGCACCGGAGGGUGUCGUUCAGGCUGCUGCGUCCUCCUGGCCCCGUCUCACCUGCAGUUGCAGUACGGAGCCGGCGUGACGGACAUUGUGACAAUUAUAUCUGUAACUGGUAAUGAGGAGGAGCUUUCUGCAGACGCAUGUGUAUCAAUAAGUCAGCAGCAGAUACCAAAUAUUUUUUUAGUAAAAACACCAAUUCAUGUACAGCAUGUAUCAUUGAUCAGUGGACUGUACUUGUUUUCUAAUAAAAUUGUCAGCACCUGG